AUGUUGUCUCAACGAAUUUCUCGAACAUCUGCUGAUCUUGAUGCACCUUGGAGACACACUCCUCGGUUCCAGAAGUACGAUCCAGUAGCAAGCCCAGAUGGGAGCAGUUUGCAAAUUCCGCUUACCGCAGGUGGACAACGUUUCCCAAAAGCUCUAGCAACGCACCUUAAUGAGUAUUUUCAUCCGUUCAAACCUCUCACAGGAAAUGAUAUAUUGGCAACUGGAACUGCGACGGCACUUCACGAGAUUUUGGCUUUUAGCCUGGGAGAUCCAGGCGAUGGCAUCCUUCUCAGCCGCCCAUGUUACGGACGGUUCGAGCUGGACUUUGGUAACAAAGCAGAGAUGCCAAUAGUUUGGGCCGAUUCCAACGCGGAAAAUUGCUUUAAACCAGAAGUUGUCAAGUAUCUGGAGGAGAAGCUGCUUGAAUCAAACGCAGCGGGAACCAAGAUCAAAGCCCUCCUUAUUGUGAAUCCACAUAACCCUCUUGGACGGUGUUAUCCAAGAGAAACUCUCAUUGCUCUAAUGGCGUUUUGUCAGAAGUAUCGCAUACACUUUAUCAGCGAUGAGGUCUAUGCUUCUACUGUCUUCGAAUCAGGAGAGCCUGACACGUAUCCCUUUACGUCCGUACUCUCCAUUGAUCCAACAGGAAUUAUUGAUCAAGAUCUUGUUCACGUCGAAUAUGGCAUGGCCAAAGAUUUUGGAUCCGCUGGCUUGCGAGUGGGAGCGCUAAUUACCCGCAACGCCGCCCUCCAGAAAGGAUUCACAAGCAUUAUCCGCUUUCAUAGUCCCUCUGGCAUGUCAGUAGCUAUAGCAAGUGCCAUGCUUGAGGACAGGGGGUGGUGCAGAAAGUUUCUAGAAACGGCACAGAGCCGGAUUUCCGAGGCUUUCCGGUUGACCACGACUGAGUUAUCUCGUAUAGGUGUGAAAUACUUGCGUGGCACAAAUGCUGGCCUCUUUCUUUGGAUCGAUUUAUCUCCUUAUCUUCCACCUGAGAGCUCUAGCCUCUCUAAAUCCGAGCGAGAGUUUGCCCUGGCUCAAAAACUGCUUGAUGGGGGAGUUUUCCUUCAUCCCGGUGAAGAGCACGCUCUUGAAGCUGGCUGGUUUCGGUUGGUCUAUUCACAUGACCCUGUUAUAGUCCAAGAAGGCCUAAAACGUUCUUCCAAAGAGAUAUCCCCGUAG